AGGCAUAGAUAGUAGAAGAUUCCAGAAUGAUUUACGAACAGACAUUAUCAAUCGAGUCAAUAACAGAUCAGUAGCACAGGAAAGGCAAACAUGUUAAGGUUGUCACGUCAAAAGCUAUGUAUUUAUCAGAUAAUACGCGACCAGACUUUAAACACACAGAAGAGAGCAAUACCAAGAGUCCUCGGAACCAGAUGUGUGUCUAAUCAGCCCCAGAUAAGUUACCGCUGUCUGAGAACCCUGUCUUCACCAAGGGAUACAUCUAACAUUGUAGUCUUCCUGUGUUCAUCAAAGUGGCUUAGUGUUAGACCUGGACGAGGAGAACAGAGGAGAGGCCUACAUUUUACAUCAUCAACACAGGCAGAGGAAAACGCUGUUCCAAUAAGAUACAGUGAGAUCAGCGAGGCAGCCUAUGAGAAACUGGCAGACGAGACGUUGGAUGCUUUGGCGGACUACUUUGAGGACCUGAUGGAUGGACCUUUUGUAGGUCCUGAGUUUGAUGUCCUCUUCUCUAGUGGUGUCUUGACCGUGAAGGUUAGCGGAGACCAUGGGACAUACGUCAUUAACAAACAGACGCCCAACAAACAGAUCUGGCUGUCAUCUCCUACCAGUGGCCCAAAGCGUUAUGAUUGGACAGGACAGCGGUGGGUCUACUCCCAUGAUGGCAUGUGCCUCCAUGAGCUCCUCUCCAAAGAGUUCUCUGCCAUAUACAACAUGAACCUGGACCUGACCACACUAGUACACUCCUGAUGUGGGACAGCUUCCUGUUCCCUAUGUAGUACGCAACACCUAUACCAUGUAGCCAAAAGAAGUGCACUACAUAAGGAAUAGGGUGCCUUUUCAGAUUAUCCAGUGGACAGGUGUUCUACUUAUGACUCUAUCCCCAACAAUGUAGUCAGUCACAUAAGGCUGAGUCUUAACUUGUGAUUCGCGCUUAUCUUGUUUGCAUAAAUACAUUGAUGUCAAUGGGAGAUCUGUGCAAGAAGUCUGACUUGGGUUGCAAUGGGCUCAUGUUAGGAUUCAGCCCAGAGAUGGAACAAAAUGUAGUGUAAUGUUUAUUUUUGUAAAGAUUGGAUAAGGGCAUGUGUAUAUAUGGAUGUAGCAUUGUUUAUUUUUGUCCAUUAUAAUAUUGAGUAUGUGUCAUCGCCCGAAAGUGAAUGCUGCCCAAAGUUGGAUUAGAUUGCUUCUUUCGUUAUAGGUCACAUUUGUUUUGGAACUUACAUUCUAUCAUUAAGGCUUUAUAUUUUGUCUCUGUUGCAGUCUGAACAAGUGCUGUGUUAUUAUGACCGAAUGUGUCUGAUUGAGCUGUUAUAAGCUGUGAUUCCGGACCUAUUGGGACCUUUUGAGGUCAACACCAUAAUAAAUGAGCAGGUGGUGUAUUUCUAUUAAACAAGCCAGUAAAACAUGCUACACACCUUAUGCUAUAGACAGAGAUCCUGUCACACCCUCCUAUUUAAACAUCACAACACUCUGUUUUUGAUUACUUACAUUUGAAUACUGAUCAACUGUAUUACUGUGUUUUAACAGUUGAGCCAAACACAGGUAAAACCAUAGAAAUACUGGAACUGGAAUUCCCAUUUAAGUCAAUGGUCUGUGACAAAUAAUCAGACUUUUCCCUUUUAAUUGUGUUUAUCAGAGAUCCUAUUGUGAUUUUCAUUUUUUAAAACGGUGUAUCAGGUUGUCUUUAGAUGUAUCCAUCCAUGACCCAUUCAUAUUGCUGUUGUCUGAAGGGCAGUCAUUCUAGUUCUAUAGAAAAAAGACAAGUCAUGGGUAUCUCUUUGUACCAUUCUUUCCAAAAUGAUUCACAUUACAGGGUCGAGCCAAACUGUCUAGUCGAGCCUGUAGAAUAAAUCAGGUCUCUGAGUGGUUAGUCUCUCUUUAAUGCGAUGCUUGUAGGCUACAGCCUGCUCAGUUUGAAGAGUAAAUAGAGAUUACUGUUCUGGACAGAUGGUAUGGAGCAAAAGGUCCUUUUCUGUACUUUAAUUCUGAAUCUGUAGGGAUGGUGCUCUGCUCUGUUCUCAUACACUUUUGGAAAAAGGACAGAAAUGGGCACUGCGCUGCACUGUCUGUUGGUUAGAGCUUUAUUUAGAACAGAACAUUGUUCUGGUGGGACAGAUACUGUCAGGAAAACCAUUCAGAUGGAAUAAAUCUAUUGGGAGCUGAGUCAAUGUUUUAUAUCAAGCCAGUGUGUUAUUACUGCCAGUUUCCAUUCUCCAUUGUUUGGAUAGUUAAAUUCUCCCUGGAAUUGUCGGUAUCCACAGCCAGAUUCAAUUUGUAUGGUUUAAAUGCAUUUAUCCUAAUCUGCCAUCCAAUUUUAUUAAUGGAUACCUGUAAAUAAAGUAUUUGAAUGCA